AUGCGCACGGUGGAGGUACCGCCUGGACUUUCCACCGUGGUUGCACCUUCGGAAACACCUAGACACCUACCCUCACACUCUUGCGUGAGAGACUGAUCAACAACCACAGGAAGCAUUUGGUGGCACAACCAGUUAUUGAGUGUAAGGGGGCAAUUACUUUUUCACACAGGGGAAUUGGGUGUUGCAUAACUUUGUUUAUGAAAUAAAUGAAAUAAAUAUGUAAUUAUUGUGUUAUUUGUUCACUUAUGUUCCCUUUAUCUAAUAUUAGGUUUUGGUUGAAGAUCUGUUAACAUUCAGUAUCACAAACAUGCAAAAGUAGAGAAAAUUAGAAAGGUGGCAAAUACUUUUUCAUAGCACUGUAUGUUUCAGUAAGAUUGGGUUUUUUAGCGUUUAUAGCAAUGGUUAUUAAUUGUUCUGCAGGGAUGGAACGCAAAUCGAAGAAAAUUGAGGUUGUGGUGGCAGCUGCAGAGAGAUAUUUGGGUGUGCGAGACCUGACAGCAGAAGAGUUACAGGGAGUGUUAAGUAGUGAUGUCCCAUCAUUUCAGGUUGAGGGCGUGAGGUAGGAGUGAGUAUAUUUAAAUAGUGGAGAAGGGUGGGGUUAAUUAUUAUUAGUAGGUUUGUAGUUGUGAGUGUAGUGUUAGAUGGUAGGAUAUUUCUUUGCUUUGUUUUAUUUUAUUUUUCAAGAAUAGAUAAGGGAGUUGUACUCCAGUAUAGUAGGUGGCGGUAAUGCAACAAAUUGGAUGCCAACCGCCGUUAAACCUCAUUGAAGAAAAAGAUCUGAACACAAACAGCAAAGUAAUCUUUCCCAAGUGUCGUCGUGGAUGUUUCACCAUCGGAGUAUUUUUCUUGUGGCACGCAGCAGGUCUUGCUUUUGGAUUCUUCCAACAUGUCGAGCUCGUACCGAAGCAGGUGAGAUGUAGAUUUUAUUUAUAAAUGGACAGUAGGCCAUAAUAUCACAUUCGAUUAAGUGUCAUAUAGCUAUGUUUGUCUAUCGUAAAUCUCAUGUGGUGCGUUCACUGUAAUUGAUCGUGGAUUAUGUGGUGGGACUCUGAAAGCCCUGUAGGCUAACGUUAUUAACUAGCUAGCUCUGCCGGGUUGCGUUGUCUCGAGGAAAUGGGAAAACAUCUGCUAGCAACAUCGAUGACAAUGCCCGCUUCUUUGUACUGUACUACACUGCAGACAAUGUUUUUAAAUUCCAGUCUGCUUGAAUGGAAAACAUUUUUCCUAACUGUCUAUCUGCUGUAGCUAGCUAGCUCAUAGGCUCUCAAGCUGUCCACCGACACAACUAUCUUAUAUGUAUUUCCAGGUACUGUAACGUUUAAAUGUAAACAUUUAAACUGAAUGACUCCCUAAAGGACCAUUUAAUUCGAGGUUUUAAUGAACUAGGUAGUGGCAAACAUUAGGAAGGACUGGGUUAGGAAGGACUGGGCUAGCUACCUAAUUCCUCAAAUACAAUUAUGCAACUAAGCAAGGUUGCUAACAUCAUGCACACAUUCUCCACUGAUCAAAUUAUCAAAACAAAAUUGAGACCCUUUUAAACGAGACAGUCAAACCUGUGCGUUGUAUUUGACUUCAUGUUAGUUCUAAGCCCCAAAGACAGGGAGAAGUACAAGCUAAUCUACUCAAGAUGCAAUGUUGGUAUAUAGCCUAUUGCAUAACAUUUGGCCUAUGCAAUGCACAUACUAACAGGACAUCCUUUUAAAUUCUUGUGAGACAAGGGCAGUUCAAAGCAGGACACAAUAAUUCACUUGAUUUAAAUCUAUUUACACUCCCGCUAUUUGGCAGUAUCAAAGAGUAGCCAAGAAAAUACAGACUCUUUGUAAAUAAAACGGUUCAAAUGCUUACUACAGUAACCUAUUUUCUUUGAUGGCUGAAAUUUUGCUGCAAGGCUUAGUUGCAAGAAAAGUUGAAGGUUUCUCAUUAUUAAGCUUCCCUAGCGUUUAGGCUACUAUUCACUCUUGCUUCUAGACUUAAUUGUUCCAGGAAAAUAAUGGAUCCAAUGUUAUGAAGGGCAAUCAAAGUUAGGGUUUAACUGUGACAGCAAAGCACUUUUGCCUGGUGUUCGUUAAUGAUCUGAGGUCAGGGCUGGUGUCUCGUGAGCGAGCACUGGUGCUUGAUAAAAAACAGAUGAACUGUUUUCCCUUUGAAUAGCCCCAAGCCGAGUAACUUUGCUGAUCAUCUGCAGUUUGAGAGAUCCAUGACAAACAGGAUGUAGCCGCUGGUGAAGUCAAGGAAAGAGAAGAGGAAAGAGAGAAAUUGCUAUUACAGGAGAAAGGCAUACUAGAUUGAAAUCAAAUAACUUUUUAUUUGGUUCUGUUCAGUAUGUUAGAAAAAAAUCAGAAUAUCACAGAUAUGGUUUAUGAAAAAUGGAUGUUGAAUAGCUGAAUAGGCCCUCCUGUAGCUCAGUUGGUAGAGCAUGGCGCUUGCAACGCCAGGGUUGUGGGUUCGAUUCCCACGGGGGGCCAUUAUGAAAGAUGUAAGCAUUCACUAACUGUAAGUCGCUCUGGAUAAGAGCGUCUGCUAAAUUACUAAAAUGUAAAUGUAAUAGCCAAUCAUGUUAGUUCUACACACACUUCUUUCUAUAAGACUGAGCAUCCAGUCUCUCUGCUGCAUGUGUAUAAUCUGAAUGAGGCGUUAUAGGAAUGUAACAUUUACAUUUUAGUCAUUUAGCAGACGCUCUUAUCCAGAGCGACUUACAGUUAGUGAGUGCAUACAUUUUUUCAUACUACCUUCCUCUUUCUUGAUGCGAGGCAUUAAGACGUGCUUAUUUUAUGAUCUACAUGAAUGCAACAAACAAUAUGCCUCUAACAACACAACCUACUUUGAGAUGUUAUUUCUUCCUUUCUUGUGCAAAUUAAGGAUCCAGGAUUUCAAGGUGGCCUUGAGUGAAGAGAAGCUAGACUUAAAGGCGCUUCGGGAACUUUGCUUCAGCGGUAAGAAUUUUACUUUCACCACCAAAAAUGUAUUUUCCCCCCAUAUUUUAUUAACACAUUUUCAUGUUUCCUAUCUCUCUCUCAGGUAUCCCAUUUGAAGGAGGCAUCCGUGCACUUUGCUGGAAAGUGAGUUGCUCCAGCCCUUUAAUAGACAUACAGUGCAUUUGGAAAGUAUUCAGACCCCUUGACUUUAUCCACAUUUUGUUACGUUACAGUCUUAUUCUAAAAUGGAUUAAAUAGUUUUCAUCCCCUCUUCAAUCUACAAACAAUACCCCAUAAUGACAAAGCAAAAACAGGUUUUUAGAAAUACCACUUUUUUAUUUUUGUUUAUUUAACCUUUAUUUAACUAGACAAGUCAGUUAAGAACAAAUUCUUAUUUACAAUGACGGCCUACCCCGGCCAAACCCGGACGACGCUGGGCCAAUUCUGUGCCGCCCUAUGGGACUCCCAAUCACGGCCGGAUUGUGAUACAGCCUGGUAUCGAACCAGGGUCUAUAGUGACGCCUCUAAAACUGAGAUGUGCAUUAGACCGUUGCACCACUCGGGAGCACAUUUACAGUGCCUUGCAAAAGUAUUCAUUCCCCUUGGCGUUUUUCCUAUUUUGUUGCAUUAUAACCUGUAAUUUAAAUUGAUUUUUAUUUGGAUUUCAUGUAAUAGACAUACACAAAAUAGUCCAAAUUGUUGAAGUGAAAUGAAAAAAAUAACUUGUUUCAAAGUAUUCAAAAAAAGUAAUAAUGGAAAAGUGGUGCGUGCAUAUGUAUUCUCCCCCUUUGCUAUGAAGCCCCUAAAUAAGAUCUGGUGCAACCAAUUACCUUCAGAAAUCACAUAAUUAGUUAAAUAAAGUCCACCUGUGUGCAAUCUAAGUGUCACAUGAUCUGUCACAUGAUCCUGUAGCUCAGUCGGUAGAGCAUGGCGCUUGCAACGCCAGGGUUGUGGGUUCGAUUCCCAUGGGGGGCCAGUAUGAAAAAUGUAUGCACUCACUAACUGUAAGUCGCUCUGGAUAAGAGCGUCUGCUAAAUGACUAAAAUGUAAAAUGUAUAUAUACACCUGUUCUGAAAGGCCUCAGAGUCUGCAACACCACUAAGCAAGGGGCACCACCAACCAAGCGGCACCAUGAAGACCAAGGAGCUCUCGAAACAGGUCAGGGACAAAGUUGUGGAGAAGUACAGAUCAGGGUUGGGUUAUAAAAAAAUAUCAGAAACUUUGAACAUUCCACGGAGCACCAUUAAAUCCAUUAUAAAAAAAUUGAAAGAAUAUGUACAUAAGUAUUCAGACCCUUUACACAGUACUUUAUUGAAGCACCUUUGGAAGUGAUUACAGCCUUGAGUCUACUUGGGUAAUAUGCUACAAGCUUGGCACACCUUUAUUUGGGGAGUUUCUCCGGGCUCUGGCUGGGCCACUCAAGGACAGUCAGAGACUUGUCCCGAAGCCACUCCUUUGUUGUCUUGGCUGUGUGCUUAGGGUCGUUGUCCUGUUGGAAGGUGAACCUUCGCCCAAGUCCGAGGUCCUGAGCACUCUGGAGCAGGUUUUCAUCAAGGAUCUCUCUGUACUUUGCUCCGUUCAUCUUUCCCUCGAUCCUGACUAGUCUCCCAGUCCCUGCCACUGAAAAACAUCCCCACAGCAGGAUGCUGCCACCACCAUGCAUUACCGUAGGGAUGGUGCCAGGUUUCCUCCAGACGUGACGCUUGGCAUUCAGCCCAAAUAGUUCAAUCUUGGUUUCAUCAGACCAAAGAAUCUUGUUUCUCAUGGUCUGAGAGUCCUUUAGUUGCCUUUUGUCAAACUCCAAGCAGGCUGUCAUGUGCCUUUUACUGAGGAGUGGCUUCCGUCUGGCCACUCUACCAUAAAGGCCUGAUUGGUGGAGUGCUGCAGAGAUGGUUGGCCUUCUGGAAGGUUCUCCCAUUUCCACAGAGGAACUCUGGAGCUCUGUUAGAGUGACCAUUGGGUUUUUGGUCACCUCCCUGACCAAGGCCCUUCUCCCCCCGAUUGCUCAGUUUGGCCGGGCGGCCAGCUCUAGGAAGAGUCUUGGUGGUUCCAAACUUCUUCCAUUUAAGAAUGAUGUAGGCCACUGUGUUCUUGGGGACCAUCAAUGCUGCAGAAAUGUUUUGGUACCCUUCCCCAGAUCUGUGCCUCGACACAUUCCUGUCUUGGAGCUCUACGGACAGUUCCUUCGACCUCAUUGCUUGGGUUUUGCUCUGACAUGCACUGUCAACUGUGGGGCCUUAUAUAGACAGGUGUGUGCCUUUCCAAAUCAUGUCCAAUCAAUAGAAUUUACCACAGGUGGACUCCAAUCAAGUUGUAGAAACAUCUCAAGGAUGAUCAAUGGAAACAGGAUGCACCUGAGCUCAAUUUCGAGUCUCAUAGCAAAGGGUCUGAAUAAUUAUGUAAAUAAGGUAUUUCAGUUUUUUAAUUUUUAAUACAUUUGCAAGAAUAUCUAUAAACCUGUUGUUUCGCUUUGUCAUUAUGGAGUAUUGUGUGUAGAUUGAUGAGGGGAAAAAAUAAUUUAAUCUGUUUUAGAAUAAGGCUGUAACGUAAGGAAAUGUGGAAAAAGGAAAGGGGUCUGAAUACUUCCCGACUACACUGUACAUCUACUCAAUCAGCGCAUGGUCCAUUUUGAUAAAACACAACGAAUUCGCAGGCCAGACAUAGACUAUGUUUGUUUAUACAAAAAAAUGUGGACCCAAACAGCCCAUUGUUUUAUUUGAAUAAAUUUGACCCUUUAUAAUGUCCACCUAUGUAGCCUACAGGAUGCUGUAUAUAGCAUUUUACCAUAUUAAAACAAAUGAAGAGAUAAAUCAUAUUUGUCCAGCCUUUGCUGCUAUGCUUGCAGAUGUGCAUAAUAUGCUGCCACCCUAAUCGACAAGUAUUUAAUAACUCCAUAUAACAAAAACGUAGUUAGGCUGUUGUAACAUUUAAACUUAAAACAUGUUUUAAAAUCUUGAGACACAUCCUCCGAGAGCAACUUCUCCCAACCAUCCAAGAACAGUUUGGUGACGACCAGUGCAAGAACAGUUUGGUGACGACCAAUGCCUUUUCCAGCAUGAUGGAGCACCUUGCCACAAGGCAAAAGUGAUAACUAAGUGGCUCGGGGAACAAAACAUCGACAUUUUGGGUCUAUGGCCAGGAAACUCCCCAGACCUUAAUCCCAUUGAGAACCACGAUCCUCAAGAGGUGGGUGGACAAACAAAAACCCACAAAUUCUGACAAACUCCAAGCAUUGAUUAUGCAAGAAUGGACUGCCAUCAGUCAGGAUGUGGCCCUGAAGUUAAUUGACAGCAUGCCAGGGCGGAUUGCAGAGGUCUUGAAAAAGAAGGGUCAACACUGCAAAUAUUGACUCUUUGCAUAAACCUAAUGUAAUUGUCAAUAAAUGCCUUUGACACUUAUGGAAUGGUUGUAAUUAUACUUCAGUAUACCAUAGUAACAUCUGACCAAAAAUAUCUCAUAACACUGAAGCAGCGAACUUUGUGAAGACCAAUACUUGUGUCAUUCUCAAAACCUUUGACCACGACUACAUGUUUCUCCUUUGCAUGGUGUUUUGUUGCAGUUUUAGUUUUUUGGGCAUUGUCAAGCUUUAAAAACUGAAGCCAGACUGCAACAUUUUAGUAGCCUAGCUAGGACUGUGUCAUGUGUCUGUACGGUGUAUGUACACUUUCCCUCCGCUGCGCACUGUAAACGGGACACACGAAAGUAGCGCAAUUGACAUUGAAUUCACUGAUGCGAGCUCAUCAGGCUGUAAUUUCAUAAAGUAGAUGACUCAACUGUUGACUCAUUUAUACUCGCUUGUGUGGCCUAUUGUCCUUUAGUAGUAAGUUAUACCUGCGUGUGAAUUCUUUAUUUUAUAACUUUUUUUAGGUCAGUGCCAUUAGUGGUGAUAUGAUACAGUGCACUGGCUUGUGUGUGGAUCUGGGAUGAGGAGUGUCUGUGGCAAUGCACUGCCUUUUGGCGUGCAGCACGUUGGCAGUGCAGCGCAUCGGGGUUGGUAUGGAGGUGGGCCAAAAUGAAUUGACAACCCAAAUCAUUGCGCGGGCCGGAUAGAAUUGUGUCACGGGCCGGAUUCGGCCCGCGGGCCUUGUGUUUGACACGUGAUCUACAGUAUGUAUAAUUAGCCUUAGUUUUAGUAUUACAUUAAGCCUGUUGUUCUAAUCUUAUCUGUGAAUGAUUGGGAUUCUUAUUUCUGAUAACUUCCUUCCAUGUUUCCAGGUCCUGCUCAAUUACCUGCCUCUGGACCAGAUGAUAUGGGACUCCUUCCUCAAAAAGCAGAGGUAAAAACGUCUCCAACAGUGCUGGUGGACAUCAAUUCUUUAUCAACAGGAGGAGAUUUAAUGGACAUUUUCAGAAUAAGAAAUGUGUGCACUUGCAAGGAGGGUUUGAUUGUUUAAAAUGAAAUUGAAGCCAUCUCUAAAUGUAUUCAUUUUUAACUCAGCCCUAUUUUGGACACUCAGUAUAUAGUGCAUGAAAACAUCUACUGCUCAAGACUUAGCCACUACGUGUAUCCUUCCAUCUCUGCCUGAGUUAUACCUUGGUAACUAACCAGUUCUUAGUCAAGUAUAUCCCUCCUGUCCCACUGGAGUUUACUUUGGAAUCCUUCAGAUUUUACCAAGCGUUUCUAGACAAACAGCUGAGUCAUAAUGGAACCUGACCUAUUAAAAUCUCACACUAAAACACAACACACCCAGCACAGGACAGCUAUAUCGGGUCUGCUCGGCCCGGGAGACAGUGAUGGUGAUGAUGAUGAUGAGUCAUGCUUGUCUGCUGCUUCUAUUGGCUCUCUCCUCACAUUAUUGAAAUCCUUCAAAUCCUUCAAGUGUUUGAUUGAUCCUGCCUGAAGUGCCUUGAAUGGCCCUGUCAAUAAACAAUGCCUCGCCCCUAGUCAAUUCAUGUAAACCAGAGAGAAUUGGGUCAGUAUAAGAAAUAUGUUGGUAUCUCCAUGAUGUCAUGGCUGUAUCUUUGAGGGCAUUUCCCCCUUAGUGAAAAUCAAGUCAAAUGUAACUCCUUAAAGUAAACUACUAGGCGUAGCUGACCUAAGAUGGUCCCUGUCUCUUGCGGUUACCCACAGGCAUAGAGAUACAAUAAUGUUGUAUUUGUUUGUGGCCCACAGGGAGGUGUAUUCCCAGUUCCUAAAGGAGAUGAUCAUCCAGCCAGGCAUCAUUAAGGCCAAUCUGGGACUUUCCAGAGAGGAUGUGACGAUGGAUGACCACGUGAGUUCCCCCUCUCUUCUCCCUAUUUUUUUACCCACAAAAUAGAAACAUUUCCUACUCUGAAACACACUGCUGGACUGUCUCAGCUAAUGCAUACAGUGGGGAGAACAAGUAUUUGAUACACUGCCGAUUUUGCAGGUUUUCCUACUUACACAGCAUGUAGAGGUCUGUCAUCUUUAUCAUAGGUACACUUCAGCUGUGAGAGACGGAAUCUAAAACAAAAAUCCAGAAAAUCACAUUGUAUGAUUUUUAAGUAAUUAAUUUGCAUUUUAUUGCAUGACAUAAGUAUUUGAUCACCUACCAACCAGUAAGAACUCCGGCUCUCACAGACCUGUUAGUUUUUCUUUAAGAAGCCCUCCUGUUCUCCACUCAUUACCUGUAUUAACUGCACCUGUUUGAACUCGUUACCUGUAUAAAAGACACCUGUCCACACACUCAAUCAAACAGACUCCAACCUCUCCACAAUGGCCAAGACCAGAGAGCUGUUUAAGGACAUCAGGGAUAAAAUUGUAGACCUGCACAAGGCUGGGAUGGGCUACAGGACAAUAGGCAAGCAGCUUGGUGAGAAGGCAACAACUGUUGGCGCAAAUAUGAGAAAAUGGAAGAAGUUCAAGAUGACGGUCAAUCACUAUCGGUCUGGGGCUCCAUGCAAGAUCUCACCUCGUGGGUCAUCAAUGAUCAUGAGGAAGGUGAGGGAUCAGCCCAGAACUACACGGCAGGACCUGGUCAAUGACCUGAAGAGAGCUGGGACCACAGUCUCAAAGAAAACCAUUAGUAACACACUACGCCGUCAUGGAUUAAAAUCCUGCAGCGCACGCAAGGUCCCCCUGCUCAAGCCAGCGCAUGUCCAGGCCCGUCUGAAGUUUGCCAAUGACCAUCUGGAUGAUCCAGAGGAGGAAUGGGAGAAGGUCAUGUGGUCUGAUGAGACAAAAAUAGAGCUUUUUGUUCUAAACUCCACUCGCCGUGUUUGGAGGAAGAAGAAGGAUGAGUACAACCCCAAGAACACCAUCCCAACCAUGAAGCUUUUCUGCAAAGGGGACAGGACGACUGCACCGUAUUGAGGGGAGGAUGGAUGGGGCCAUGUAUCGCAAGAUCUUGGCCAACAACCUCCUUCCCUUAGUAAGAGCAUUGAAGAUGGGUCGUGGCUGGGUCUUCCAGCAUGAUAACGACCCGAAACACACAGCCAGGGCAACUAAGGAGUGGCUCCGUAAGAAGCAUCUCAAGGUCCUGGAGUGGCCUAGCCAGUCUCCAGACCUGAACCCAAUAGAAAAUCUUUGGAGGGAGCUGAAAGUCCGUAUUGCCCAGCGACAGCCCCGAAUCAUGAAGGAUCUGGAGACGGUCUGUAUGGAGGAGUGGGCCAAAAUCCCUGCUGCAGUGUGUGCAAACCUGGUCAAGACCUACAGGAAACGUAUGAUCUCUGUAAUUGCAAACAAAGGUUUCUGUACCAAAUAUUAAGUUCUGCUUUUCUGAUGUAUCAAAUACUUAUGUCAUGCAAUAAAAUGCAAAUUAAUUACUUUAAAAUUAUACAAUGUGAUUUUCUUGAUUUUUGUUUUAGAUUCCGUCUCUCACAGUUGAAGUGUACCUAUGAUUAAAAAAAAAAACCUGCAAAAUCGGCAGUGUAUCAAAUACUUGUUCUCCCCACUGUAUAUGAUUUCUCUUUCUUUCUCCCAUAUAUUCAUUUUCACGGCCUCUUUCUUUCUCUCUCUCAGCCUCUCAACCCCAACCCAGACAGCAAGUGGAACAACUACUUCAGAGACAACGAGGUGCUGCUGCAGAUUGAUAAAGAUGUCCGGUAGGUCUGACUGCCUGGGCAGCAAGCUAGGUACUUCUUUGGCUGACUGUGAAGUGCAUCUCCAUGCAUUUUAAGUCACUCAUCCUUUAGUGGGGUGAGCAACUUGACUGAUGAAUAAAGACUAUUAAUGUAUUCCAGUAGCCGGUCAUGUAAUACCAUCUCCAAAAAGGCUGAAAAUUGACAACAGUGGCUCUCUCGUGGAAGCCUUAUGUUCCACAUAGGAAUACACUAACUAGUGUAUUUUAUGAUGGCAGGCGCUUGUACCCCGACAUGGCGUUCUUCCAGUGGCCCACAGACUACCCCUGCCAGCUGAUCCUGGAUCCCCAGAACGACUACGAGACACUCAGACGCCGCGUGGAACAGACCACCCUCAAGGCCCAGACUGUGGACCGCAACCGCAGCGGGGUCACCAAUGUGAGAGAGAGCGAGAGAGAGAGAGAGAGAGAGAGAGAGAGAGGGGGAGAGGAGGGGGGGUCGUGUGUGUUUGUUGUUUAUGUGUAAAAACAGACAUUGGUCUGUCAAUGUGAAUGCCUCCACUUCCGGAGGCAGCAGGGCGACCUUGUUUUGGUAAUGCUAGGGGAAACACUAUUCAGAUCUGCUGACUCUACCACCCUGUGUUAUGUUCAAUCCCCCUCCCCCUUUCCUGCUUUAAGCAAUGCAGUCAUUAUGUGCACACAGUGGUGAGUAUGUACUGUAAGGUCCAGGCGAGUGUAUUGGCUUAAUGGUGAUGGGUCGAUAACCUUAUUUGACUUAUGGGUGUUUUCAGUUUGUGUCCAUUUCCAUCCCAUAACGAUUGACUUGAUGCCCCUCUCCAAUGGUCUUCUAUGGCCGAGAGCUGUAAUGCUUCAACUACUUUAAGAACUCUCGAGUGGCUUAAAUCUGUUUUGUCACCCUAAGCAAUAUGGUAAUAGAUCCACGUUGCCCUCUGAUUAGCCUCUGCUGAGUCCCCAACAACCGGAUAUUCAGUUUUUCAUGCAAAAUGGAAAGAGAGCCUGUGACACGACAUCCGCUUUUGGACUUUAACAAAGCGACACUCCAUCUUAACUCCUCCUCUACGUUUACUGGGUUGGUUGAACAGUGCAGAAGAGAACCUCCCCCGACCAGUAUGUAGGGGAUCUAGUUUCAGGCGUUUAUUUUAGAAAUUGGUAGAAAUUUGGCCAUAUUGUGUACAGUGAGGGAAAAAAGUAUUUGAUCCCCUGCUGAUUUUGUACGUUUGCCCACUGACAAAGAAAUGAUCAGUCUAUAAUUUUAAUGGUAGGUUUAUUUGAACAGUGAGAGACAGAAUAACAACAACAAAAUCCAGAAAAAGGCAUGUCAAAAAUGUUAUAAAUUGAUUUGCAUUUUAAUGAGGGAAAUAAGUAUUUGACCCCCUCUCAAUCAGAAAGAUUUCUGGCUCCCAGGUGUCUUUUUAUACAGGUAACGACCUGAGAUUAGGAGCACACUCUUAAAGGGAGUGCUCCUAAUCUCAGUUUGUUACCUGUAUAAAAGACACCUGUCCACAGAAGCAAUCAAUCAAUCAGAUUCCAAACUCUCCACCAUGGCCAAGAUCAAAGAGCUCUCCAAGGAUGUCAGGGACAAGAUUGUAGACCUACACAAGGCUGGAAUGGGCUACAAGACCAUCACCAAGCAGCUUGGUGAGAAGGUGACAACAAUUGGUGCGAUUAUUCGCAAAUGGAAGAAACACAAAAGAACUGUCAAUCUCCCUCGGCCCGGGGCUCCAUGCAAGAUCUCACCUCGUGGAGUUGCAAUGAUCAUGAGAACGGUGAGGAAUCAGCCCAGAACUACACGGGAGGAUCUUGUCAAUGAUCUCAAGGCAGCUGGGACCAUAGUAACCAAGAAAACAAUUGGUAACACACUACGCCGUGAAGGACUGAAAUCCUGCAGCGCCCGCAAGGUCCCCCUGCUCAAGAAAGCACAUAUACAUGUCCGUCUGAAGUUUGCCAAUGAACAUCUGAAUGAUUCAGAGGAGAACUGGGUGAAAGUGUUGUGGUCAGAUGAGACCAAAAUCGAGCUCUUUGGCAUCAACUCAACUCGCCGUGUUUGGAGGAGGAGGAAUGCUGCCUAUGACCCCAAGAACACCAUCCCCACCGUCAAACAUGGAAGUGGAAACAUUACGCUUUGGGGGUGUUUUUCUGCUAAGGGGACAGGACAACUUCACCGCAUCAAAGGGACAAUGGACGGGCCAUGUACCGUCAAAUCUUGGGUGAGAACCUCCUUCCCUCAGCCAGGGCAUUGAAAAUGGGUCGUAGAUGGGUAUUCCAGCAUGACAAUGACCCAAAACACACGGCCAAGGCAACAAAGGAGUGUCUCAAGAAGAAGCACAUUAAGGUCCUGGAGUGGCCUAGCCAGUCUCCAGACCUUAAUCCCAUAGAAAAUCUGUGGAGGGAGCUGAAGGUUCGAGUUGCCAAACGUCAGCCUCGAAACCUUAAUGACUUGGAGAAGAUCUGCAAAGAGGAGUGGAACAAAAUCCCUCCUGAGAUGUGUGCAAACCUGGUGGCCAACUACAAGAAACGUCUGACCUCUGUGAUUGCCAACAAGGGUUUUUGCCACCAAGUACUAAGUCAUGUUUUGCAGAUGGGUCAAAUACUUAUUUCCCUCAUUAAAAUGCAAAUCAAUUUAUAACAUUUUUGACAUGCGUUUUUCUGGAUUUAUUUGUUGUUAUUCUGUCUCUCACUGUUCAAAUAAACCUACCGUUAAAAUUAUAGACUGAUCAUUUCUUUGUCAGUGGGCAAACGUACAAAAUCAGCAGGGGAUCAAAUACAUUUUUCCCUCACUGUAUACCUAUCCAAUCCUUUCAGAUCUACACAAGCACAUAACUAGGGGUUGUUUCUCAUCCGGUCCUAAUUCUUUGCUCUCUCCUCCGCUCCCCAUCUCCAGGUGAGCUCCCCGGGCAAGGCCCUUAACCUCUACCCGUCCAACGAGUACGAGGUGCUGCCCAGCGGCUGCGAGGCCCACUGGGAGGUGGUGGAGCGCAUCCUGUUCAUCUACGCCAAGCUCAACCCGGGCAUUGCCUACGUGCAGGGCAUGAACGAGGUGGUGGGCCCCAUUUACUACACCUUUGCCAUUGACCCCAACAACGAGUGGAAAGGUGGGUGCAGGAGGGGACGUACACUACCGUUCAAAAGUUUGGGGUCACUUAGAAAUUUCCUUGUUUUCGAAAGAAAAGCAAUUUUUUGGUCCAUUGAAAUAACAUCAAAUUGAUCAGAAAUACAGUGUAGACAUUGUUAAUGUUGUAAAUGGCUAUUGUAGCUGGAAACGGCUGAUAUUUAAUGGAAUAUCUAUAUAGGUGUACAGAGGCCCAUUUAUCAGCAACCAUCAGUCCUGUGUUCCAAUGGCACGUUGUGUUUGCUAAUCCAAGUUUUUCAUUUUAAAAGGCUAAUUGAUCAUUAGAAAACCCUUUUGCUAUUAUGUUAGCACAGCUGAAAAUGGUUGUGCUGAUUAAAUAAGCAAUAAAACUGGCCUUGAGACUAGUUGAGUAUCUGGAGCAUCAGCAAUUAUGGGUUCAAUUACAGGCUCAAAUGGCCAGAAACAAAUAACUUUCUUCUGAAACUCGUCAGUCUAUUCUUGUUCUGAGAAAUGAAGGCUAUUCCAUGUGAGAAAUCGCCAAGAACCUGAAGAUCUCGUACAACGCUGUGUACUACUCCCUUCACAGAACAGCGCAAACAUGCUCUAACCAGAAUAGAAAGAGGAGUGGGAGGCCCCGGUGCACAACUGAGCAAGAGGACAAAUACAUUAGUGUCUAGUUUGAGAAACCGACGCCUCACAGGUCCUCAACUGGCAGCUUCAUUAAAUAGUACCCGCAAAACACCAGUCUCAACGUCAAUUGUGAAGAGGCGACUCCGGGAUGCUGACCUUCUAGGCAGAGUUGCAAAGGAAAAUCCAUAUAUCAGACUGGCCAAUAUAAAGAAAAGAUUAAGAUGGGCAGUCUGAGAUAUGGCUUUUUCUUUGCAACUCUGAACGGUAGUGUAUGUGUGUGCAUGCAUGUUUUGGGAGCAUAGCAGAAGACACAUUUUCGUCUCUAGUGUAGAUGGACAAAUAAAGUACUAUUCUAUUGUAUUAAUCGCAAACAUCAGCUCAUUCUGCUGCUGCCUGCUACUACUUUCCACUGGUCUCUGCAUCAGAGUGCUAAUGUUCUGUGAUGGAAUGGAUCAAGCUGAGUCAGCACUGCCACCUAGAGGAGAAAUUAGGGAUGGCCAACAUUUCAUAUUCUUCCAUCUCAUCUUCAGAUUGUUAUUGUGCCACCUCUAAAUAAGUAUUUUACUAGCUAGGUUUCCAUCCAAUUUGCGACAUAUUUUCAUGCAAAUAUUAUAAAAAAGGCUGUGCGUGAUGAUGACAUAUAGCACAUAAAAACCAAUUUUGCGCUAAAGUUCUCAUGCCACGAAUAAAAAACAUCCCGUUCAAUGUUUCCAUUGCAUUUUUCACUCUUAUCUAUGGUUUUAUCACACAAACUGUUGUGAUAAAUGGCAAACUUGCCCAAUCUUCUCUCUAGACAACAGUUCGCUGAUAAAGUGGACAGGUUAGGUUGUAUGAUGAGAUGGAUAAGAUCAUUCUUAUUUGUUAAUUGGCAGCUAAGUACUGAUCACCAUGUCACUAACAUACAAAUUAAGGCCCUCUAUUUAUUGGAAAGGAGCAUCAAUCUCAUCACUGUGCACUUUCACCGCCCUAUGAAGUUCAUUAUAGCUUAUUUAAUCUGUAGCCUAAUAAACGGUGCAUUCUUUUUCAAGUCGUAGUCGGACCACCACACAACAUAGCAUCGCGUGACUGCAAAUCUACCUCGACAUGAUAGUUAUUCUAUCAACAAUUGCGCAAGAAAUCGUUUCCACCCCAAUAAUUCAUUUUACCGACACAAAAAGAUCCCACCAUGUCUUACGAACAAAUUGUCUGUCAACAUUUUUGAAAUUGUUCUGACACUUUCUAUUUCCAUCACAGCUGUCUUGAUUUGUUUUUAUAUGGUAACAUGGUUACUGUUUAUAAUAUAUUGAUUGACUGGCAGUCGUUGAACAGACAGACAGACACAAUUGACACUAGGUAGGGCACGAUUGAUCGACUGAUUGAUUGAUUUGCCUGUCCAACCAAUCAGAGCACGCCGAGGCGGACACCUUCUUCUGUUUCACCAACCUGAUGUCAGAGAACCGGGACAUGUUCAUCAAGAGCCUGGACGACUCGCAGUGCGGCAUCACCUAUAAGAUGGAGAGCGUCUACUCCAUGCUCAAAGAGAAGGACAUGGACCUCUAUAUGAAAUUGGUGAGCAAAGGCCUCCUGGGCCCAGUCCCAAAGCCAUCCCUAGGCCCUUGUUGACUCCCCUUCACGGCUCUGAAAGGAUAGAAGUUUGUAGGGGUAGUGGAGGGGGGUGGGUUUGGUAGGAGUACACAUCAUGCAAUUACAAAAAUUGUGUUGGAUUUAGUGGGCUAAUGUUAUGUUUGUAGUAAUGAUGGAGGCUAGUUCAAUCUUUCAACUUCUCUCACUUUCCCUCCCUCCCUUCUCUCUAACAGCAGGAGCAGAACAUCAAGCCGCAGUACUUCACCUUCCGCUGGCUGACCCUGCUGCUGUCCCAGGAGUUCCUCCUGCCCGACGUCAUCCGCAUCUGGGACACACUCUUCUCCGACCAGGACCGCUUCGACUUCCUCAUCCUGGUCUGCUGCGCCAUGCUUGUGUGAGUUCCCCCUUCUGUCCUGCCCAGAAAUGAAGCACAACCCCCUGGACGAACCAGCGUCCAUAACCCCAGAUUGACCCCAUAGCCAAUUCCCCAAAUCUGUAGAUUAUUUUAGGAAUGCAAUGCAAUUCCUGAAUUGACUUGAAUUUGGAUGGAAUUGGAUAUGAUUUGGAUCUUACCAUAUAAUGUUUUAUGUUUGUUAUUUCUAUUUGUGUGGUUUCAGACUGAUUCGAGAUCAGUUGCUGGCAGGAGACUUCACGGUCAACAUGAGACUGCUGCAGGUAAGACCAUCUAAAAGGGUCUAUCCAAAUAGUGGGGCCAAUGUAGGUCAUGCUUGGGCAACUAAGGUGGUUUUAUUUGACAUUUGACUGAUUGUCCAUGUUCUUCUUCAGGACUACCCCAUCUCAGAUGUCCACACCAUCCUGGCCAAAGCCAAGGAGCUUCAGGAUGGCUCAUAG